CUAUUGCUUAUUAAAAUUAUUAUUGUUAUUAAAUAUGAUAAUUAAUAAUUAUUGAUAAAAAUGUAUUCCAAGUGUUCCAAAUGAUUUAUACUUAUGUUUUGAUGUAGAUCAUUAGUUGAAUACCGAUAUUGCUUUAAAUUAAUGUGAAGCUUAUAUUUCUUUUUUGCAAAAUACCUAGUUUUUUUUUUGUUAAAAAUGACGAACGUACUUCCGUAUUGUUAUGUUCGUUGCUGUAAUACCUUGAGGAAAAAUCCAAAUUUUAGAAAGAUUAUUCAUCGCUCAUUUUACAAGAAUUUCAUGAAAGAUAGAACAUCUCUUGAUCACUUAAAAAAUGUUUACAAAUCUAAACUUCUACCUCUUGAAAAGCGAUACUUGUACCAUGAAUUUCAUUUACCGCCAUUAACUGAUCAAGACUUUGAGGCAAAACCAAUGGUAUUAUUUGUUGGUCAGUAUUCUACUGGUAAGACAUCCAUGAUUAGAUAUCUCAUUGAAAAAGAUUAUCCAGGUAUUCGGAUAGGUCCUGAACCAACAACAGAUAAAUUUAUGGUGGUUAUGGGUGGUGAUAAAGAACAGUCUAUACCCGGUAAUGCUCUUGUAGCUGAUCCAACUAAACAAUUUAGUGACUUAUCUCGGUUUGGAAAUAAAUUCUUAAAAAAACUACAUUGUGGAAUAGUGAAUACUCCAUUAUUAGAUUCCAUUACUUUUGUUGAUACACCUGGUAUAUUAUCUGGUGAAAAACAAAGAGCUCAACGUGAUUAUAAUUUUAAUGACACGUUAAAUUGGUUUGCUGAGCGGUCUGAUAUGAUAGUAUUGACUUUUGAUGCUAACAAAUUAGAUAUAUCUGAUGAACUGAAAGAAGCUAUUGAUGUAUUGAAAGCACAUGAUAGUAAAUUAAGAAUUGUUUUAAAUAAAGCUGAUACAAUUAAUGGAAGAGCAUUGCUUAGAGUUCAUGGUGCACUAAUGUGGGCUCUCGGAAAAACAAUUGUUAGUCCAGAAGUUCCUAGAGUAUAUAUAGGAUCAUUUUGGGACCAACCAUAUUCAAUAAUAAAUGAUGUAAAUCAAGCUAUGUUUAAUGAAGAAGAAAAUGAUUUAUUUCAAGACAUAAAAUCUCUCCCAUAUGAAUCAGUUAUGUCUAAAUUGAAUCAUAUUGGAAAAAGAGCAAAAACAGCUAUUGUGCAUGCAUAUAUAAUUAGUGAACUCCGUUCACGACUUCCGCUUAUAUCGAUGUUUAUGAAUAAAAGUAAAUAUCAAAAUGAAUUGAUAAAUAAUUUGGAAGACUUAUUUAAUGAUAUCCAAGUAAUGAACAAAAAUCUUAGUUCUGGUGAUUUUCCAGAUGUAAACAAAAUGAAGGCAGCUUUAAAAGGAAAGAACUUUUCUUUAUUUAAUUGUCUAGAUAAAAAAUUAAUAGAACGUGCCACAAAUUUAAUGGAUGGACUUAAUAUGGAAAUGACAAUUAAUGAAGUAGAUGUUCAAAGUAAUACAAUUGCAAACAAAAAUGAUACUUCAUGUCCUUUUAAUGCUAAAAUGAAAAGUAUUGACGAAGGAAAAUUUGAAGAAGGAUGGAUUGUUGAUUAUUAUCGAAAACCUUAUGACAAGAUUUUUGAUAGUCUUCAAAAGAUCAAUGGGAAAGUACUUCGUAGUGCGGCUAAAGAAGAAUUUCUCAAGACUAAGUUUCCGAAUUCUGUAUUAUCCAAAAUAUGGAAGUUAGCCGACAUUGAUAAUGAUGGUCUUUUGGAUUCUGAUGAAUUUGCUUUAGCUAUGUAUUUAGUCAAGAUCAAACUCGAAGGCUGUGAAUUACCUGCCACUUUACCAAAACAUUUGAUACCCCCAUCAAAACAUAAAAAAAUUGAUCUUCACAACAAUUCCUAAAGAAGAACAAGUUUAAAUAGGUGUAUAUGUUCUGUAAACAAAUUCAAGAUUAUGAUAAUUUUUUGUUUGAAAAACAAAUAUUUGAUAGUAUUAAUAACUAAAGAUCACUUUAAAUUAUAGAUCUGCCAGAACAUUUAGUGAUAUUUUGAUUCUUUAAAAGUAUGGUUUUAAAUUAAAACAUUUUAUGCCGAGUUCUAUUAUUUACAAAAUACUUAACCAAAUUUAUAUGGUGCCAUAAUACUGUUUUAUUUAAAUAUUAAUUAUGCUAUGUAUAAUAAACUAGGUA